GAAUAUUCAGUAGUUUUUAUUCUUUCAUAGGGAACGGUUCGUGUUUAGUUCGGCAGUAAAAAAAUCAUUUUUUUUUACACUUUUUUAAACGAUGGACUUUGCGACAGUUGAUUCGGUGUAUGAAAAUCUUUUUUCAGCUCAAAAUUUUUUUGCACUGCACGAGCAGCAACAAUUAGAUAAGCAAAAUUACACUGAUAUGGUCAAUACUGCGGUCGGAGAACUAGAUAUGUAUCGCUUUGAAGAUGGUGGCGGUGAUGCGCGCGGUUCGCUGCUGCUGGGCGACGACUACUGCAGGACCUUCAGCGAGGAUACAGUCGGGGCUGCGGCCGCGGUAGCAAUUCCAUCAACAUCUGAAACAGCUGCCGCAGGAACAACAGCAACAACAACAACAACAACAACAGCAACAGCUGUAUCGGCAACAUCGGCAACUGUAACAGAAACAGCAGCUGCACCAAACACAAUAAAAGAAACAGCAGCAGCAGCAGCAGCGUCGAAUACAGCAUCCUUGUUACAGCCGAAGGACAAGGACGAGACUACAAAAGCUAUAAAUGAUUUUGAUCUUUUGACUAUAAUGGGCUAUCGCCCAUCAAAUGAUUGGACAUCACAAUUCCGGCUGCAGCGUCCAGCGCCGACUAUACAAAUAGGCGAGGAGAAGUUCGUGCUUCGCUUGGACACGAUAUUUGUGCUGGGCAUGCGUCUGAAUGUAACCAAAAAUGACAUAAUUAUAUUCUUCGGUAAAUUGGGACGCAUCAAAAUGGACGAGCUGACCAUGAAGCCAAAGAUCUUUGUUUACAAAAACAAGCUAACGGGGCGCUCUAAGGGUGAGGCAACCAUUACAUACACAAGCCCCUAUGCUGCUCAGGCGGCCAUACAUUAUCUAGAUGGGGCCAAAUUUUUGGGCCAAGUGCUCAACGUGGUGCCCGCCUAUCUAUCCACACGCCCCGGCAAGAGCGUACGCUUUAGCUACGCCCAGGAGACCGGGAUCGAGCAACAGCGCCGUCAGCGACAGAAGAAAUGGAAGCCAGCAUUUGACAACUGGGUCUGUGAGCUAUGCCGUAACAGCAAUUUUGUGUGGCGCAUGAGCUGCAAUCGGUGUCGUGUCAGCAAGAGUGAGGCCAUUGCCAUGGCCAAUGCUGGGCAGAGCAGCAAUUGGCGUCCACGGAAGCACGACUGGACCUGUGGCUACUGUUUCAAUGUGAAUUUUUGGUAUCGUCAGAAGUGCAAUCGUUGUAGUGCGCCCAAAGCUGAGCUGCAUUCCAGCUCGGAAUCAGACAGGGACAAAUGGGAGCUGGUAGUUAGCCAGACCUCUGUAGUUUAGUUUAAUCCAAUUCAUAAUAGGCCUAAACACCUUUCUUCAAAUUGAUAGUGAUAAUAUAUGGUUACAGUUAUCGAGCUGCCAGUUUUUUUUUUAAUUUAAUAACAGUUUGCAAAGGAGCGCCUACUCCAGCGAAACUCAGGCCUCCCAAACUGUCAGUGUUGUUAAAGUUUUCAAUAAAUGAAAAGUGGCGUCUUUACAUGUAAACCUAAAA